CCUCGAGACGAAGCUCGCGCGCAGGCAGGGAAGAAACGUGCCCUCCACGGUCAUGGCGCACUUUUAGGAGAACUUUCCUCACGGAGAUCUGUCGGGUCCGGGACGUUUUCUUUCACUGAGUGCCUUUUACCAACCCCCGACUUUCCCCCCGUUCCACAGCCCGUCGCACACCGGUGUGAUGCCCGCCGGGAUGUUCAGCAUAGACAGCAUCCUGUCCGGCAGACCCAGCUGCAAGGAGCCGCUGCUGCUGCACCGGAGCGGCCCGGUAGUGCUGUCCGCGGGCCUCACGGACUCUAUCUACAGCGACUACAAUGGACUGUACUCGGCCACGUGUGGGCCGUCUCCCCCCGGCGUCCAGUCCUUAAAUGGGACCCGGAUAGGAUAUAACGGCUACUACUACGGACAGCUGCACGUCCAGGGCGCCGGCGGAGCGCCGCCGUGCUGCGGCUCGGUGCCCGGCCUCACCCCGCAGCAGUGCCCGUGCAUCCCGGGAGGCUACGACAGCCCGGGCUCCGUGCUCAUCUCUCCGGUCCCGCACCAGAUGAUGUCCUACAUGAACAUGGGCAGCUUGUCGCGGACCGAACUGCAGCUCCUCAACCAGCUGCACUGCCGCAGGAAGCGGCGGCACCGCACCAUCUUCACCGACGAGCAGCUGGAGGCCCUGGAAGGCCUCUUCCAGGAGACCAAGUACCCGGACGUCGGCACCCGGGAGCAGCUGGCCCGCAAGGUCCACCUCCGGGAGGAGAAGGUCGAGGUUUGGUUCAAAAACAGACGGGCGAAGUGGAGGAGGCAGAAAAGGUCUUCAUCCGAGGAAUCAGAGAACUCUCAGAAAUGGAACAAAUCGACCAAAACCUCCGCGGAGAAAAGCGAGGAGCCUAAAAGUGAGGUGGACUCGGACAGCUGAUAACACGGCGGACGCGUGUGCGCGCGCGUGUACAUAUAGCGGGAGGUGGCGCGGACCCGACGGCAUGCCGGUAGUGUGAUGGAACGUGUUGCCAUGUUGCACAGUUGUACAUAAACUACAGCUAUUUAUAUUUAAUUUAAAUUGUUGUGACGACUGACGUGUGUGAAUAUGUUGUAAUGCUACAGGUGAUAGUAGAUGUUAAAUGUUGUGCCUGUGGUGUGAUGUAACAGGAGAACCACGUGGUCUGCGCGUAGCGUCACCACCCGGCGGUCAUGCAACUAUUUGUGUUGUUGUUUUUUUCAUUCUGGAAAAAUAAGUAAACGUAC